AUGUCGCCGUUGCUUUUGUUUUCAAUCGCUUGCCUCAGGGGGGUUGGUGGCGAAGUUUGCGGCGGCGAGGGCUGCGAGGCAGAGUUCUCCGAGGUUGAGAUAUCCGAGAUGCUGCAACACUCGUCGGAGGAUUCUUGGUGGCGGCACCGCCAUCGCGGGGGCUACAACCGCUAUGGCAGCUACGGAUACAACCGCUACAACUCGUACAGCUCCUAUGGCGGCAAAGGAAAGAAGCCCAAUAUCCUCAUCAUCAUCGUCGACGAUCUUGGCUUCAAUCAGGUCGGAUUCCGUGCCAAUUUUUUCAACAACUCAGAUGUCGUCACCCCUAACAUCGAUCGGUUGGCAGGUGAAGGGAUCGUCAUGGAUCGAUUCUAUGCGACCCCUUGGUGUGCGCCUAGCCGCGGAGCUUUGCAGACAGGCCGUUUGGAUGCCCUGAACCCAUGGGUGCCGAACAAUGUCUGGAACUGGGAUCCCAACGCCAGCUACGUGGACCUGGACAGACAAAAAAGGACGACGCCGUUUGUCGGAGGGGUCCAGCCAGGGACUUUCACGAUCGCGAACCGUUUGCAGGAGCUCGGCUACCGAAAUCACCUGAACGGCAAGUGGGGCAUCGGAGGCGGAGCCUACCUUAACACGCCCAUGGGCAUGGGGUAUGAGACUUUCAUGGGCUGGUUCGGGGAUAGCAUGGAGAGCUGCGACGGCACUGAGCCGGGAUUCGCAGUGGGAGGAGCUUCGCCACUGAUGGACGCUUUGCCGGGGUUUUGGCGACAGAAUGGUAUGGAGACCUUCAACUCCUCCUGGUGCGAGUUGGUGCUCGCAGAGCUGCGCCUUGGAAACCUCAACGAGGAGGAGGCGAUGGUUGGCUGCAAGAGCUUCAAGGAGUCUCUCGAUGAUGUGGCUGACGAGCAAAUCCGGCGGCGGUCGCGGCAGAUUAUUGCAGAGCACGACUACGAGGAGGCGCCGCUCUUCCUUGUCCAUGCUUUGCAGCUCAUGCACUUGCCCAUCCAAUAUCCGCGCCGGUUCGCGCCAAAAAACUUGACCAAUGUCAGUCGCCCACAGAACGAGGAUCUGCGAGCAGCAACCUACGGUGCCCUGGAAUAUGUUGACUGGGUUGUCGGAGACCUCAUUGUGGCCGUGAAGGAGCAAGGCCAGUACGAGAACACUAUUGUUUUUUUCACUUCCGACAAUGGUGGCGCGAUCUAUGCAGGCACUGCCAACAAUAACUACCCGCUGCGUGGUGGGAAGUUCAACAAUUUCGAGGGCGGCCAGCGCGUGAAUGCCCUCUUCGCUGGCGGCUGGGUGGGUGCGGAGCUGGACAAGCACCGACUGUCGCCUUUCACAAGCAACACCGUGAUGUCCAUCAACGACCUGGCCGAAACCUUGUUGGAGAUGAUCACGUGCAGGCCAUACCCAGACGGAGGCAUGCGGAAUCCACCUGGGCCGCUCACGGGUGUCCCCAUGUGGAGGGCCAUCCUUGAGAAGAGCCAGGUCCCGCGCAAGAUCACCUAUUCUGAGGUGAUGGAACUGCGAGUGGGACCGGACAUCACAGACUUCAAGAAGAUUUGGUUCACCGAGAACAGCACUCUUAUCUCUGAUGGGAACUGGACACCCAACUUCCCAAACAACUCCGAGUUUAUCCCGGACCUCGGCUACAAGUACGUUCGACCUUGUUACUUCGAUCUCUACAGUGAUCCGUCCGAGCAAACGAAUCUCCCCCUGGGCCCAGUCGAGGAGCAGGCACUGCGACAGGAGGUGCUAGCAGACUGGAACCUUUUCGUGAUCGGCGCUUCGCGUGUCCGGCAGAUCGACCCUAACGUUCCAACUGCUCGGAAGGUCUCGCUCUGGACGCACAUGGGCGCUUCGGGGCCUUUCUUGAGCAGCGCGGCAAAGCCUGUGAUCCCACCCGUGGCCCAGUGCUGGUGCGUCUGGAUCCAGGAUGGUUUGGCGGUGGAGGAUGUCACACAUGUCAUCUUCAACCUUUACCUGGGUCCGAGGUGCGUCGACAGGACCUUCGCCCAACUCGUGCCUGCUGCGCUCCCGUGUCAACCGCCGCUGCGCUUCGCCCAGGCGCCUAUGCCCUUCAACUUGUCGGAAGCGCUCUGGGCGGAGAUUGGCUUCGAGACGUCGGACUUCGAGUCGAUCCGCCAGGCCGACUGGCUCUUCGGGAACUUCUCCACUCCGCUGCCCCUGCUGGCCCUGCGCUGGAACUUCGCGGUGAUCGAAGGCUUGCGGGCGAUGAACAACCGCACCGGCUUCGCCAACUGGGCCAACAUUGAGAAGUACCCUUUCAAUCUGGCUUACACCGAUCACUGUCCAAACUUCGAUAUCUUCACUGCUCCGACGCCUAUUACCCAGGUGACGGAUUGGCUCCUUUCCGGCGGUAUCUUCAACAAUCCCACUAGUGGUGCUGGCAACAACACGGAAAGGAAUGUGACAGCAUGCUUUCCAGUGGACACAGAUCUAUCGGUUUGUCCAAGCUUAGACAACAACCCUCCGACCGUGGACGGCUACAAGGUCCCGAUCUACAACACCAGCUUUUGCCUCGAGUACUGCGUCUUGUGGAACCCGGACGCCGACUAG